AUGCAUCGACUUUUUGCUGAGCUGGAGCCAUCUGUAACCGUCACCGAGCAAAACCUGGCAGACCGAGUUCGGUAUAUCUUGCGCUCAAAUACAUUUGAUGUCACCGAACUCGAACGGCUACGACGUGAGGCUGUUCCUUCAUCGGGUGAAAAUGCUGCGGCUGAGGAUGCGGCGUCACAACUUACUGAGCAAACGGCAAAUGUGGAUGCCGCCGUGAAUACGCCAGUUGUGGUUGAUUCAAACGAUGAUGGAACAGUCGCCCAGGAACUGGAACUAGAGCAAAUGAGGAGUACAUUAGAAGAGGCGAUUGUGGAAACGCGCAGUACGACUUUCGAAAAUCGACCGCGACUUCCCCCGCUUAGCCCUAAGCAAGCGGAAUCGGGCUGUCGUGAGGGCUCUGAACCCAAUGCUGGUUACCUAUUUGGAAGCCAGCCGGGACCUUUGCGAUACGGACUCAAUUCUUUUUGGCGCCGCACUGGCAGUCUGCCGUAUUAUAGGUGCCAAACUUUCCACGGCUGGACGCGCUACUGGACAAAGUAG